ACACGACCCGACGAGGCUAGAUCUGCGAUUAAUCUACACUAGACGACUCUUAAUUUGUUCUUUCGGAAUUCCAAAAAUCGCAGCAAAUCAGCAAACAUGGAAGAACCUGAAACAGACAAGAAGACAUCAUCCAUGAUACUGGACUGCUCUCUUCUCCCGGAACUUGUUUCAAAACUGCAGCUGUCUCCGUCUCCAUCAGCAAAAAUGGCAACGAAAGAUCUCACAUUGUCCAAGACAGACUGGUCGUUUCUCCCUGAAGAGCUACUGCUAACAAUCUCAACUCUUCUUAACAACUGUUUCCAUGUUGUUCAUGCUCGUUCUGUCUGUACCUCGUGGCGAUCCGCAUUUCCCUUUCCUUCUUCCUUGUUACGCGCAAGCUACUCUCUUCCCAAACUCGCCGAGUUCACUCUCGAAAGCAAAGACUCGUGCACACUCGAGAAGGUCCCUUUGUUUCUCUUUAGAGUCGUCAAAACUCGUGCUGCUGUGUCGCCUACUGCGUAUGUUAUGGGAGGAAUUGGCCGAGACGAAGACGAUCAUAUAGAGCUUCUUCCAUAUCCUCUUCAAUGUUCAGUGAAAGUUAACAUCCCUGGAUCUGAUCGAAACUUGGUGAAAAUGCUCGACUGUCAGAUUCUAUCUCUAGGCCAUCAGUACAGAAUGAUUGGUUGGGAUCCUGAAGAAUCGUCAACAAAUUACAGAGGCGUGGCCUUUCUUCCGUUAAACAAAGAGAGAGGAGGAGGAGGAGGAGGAGGAGAAUACGUUGUGAUCCUCAACUACUCUAGAGUUUUGUUGGUGUUGAGAAGUUCUGAAAUGAGAUGGUUGUGGCUUCAGAACGUCUCAGAUGCUCCCUGCAGGGAUUUAGUCACUUUUAGAGGCAGAUUUUAUGCAGCUUUUUUCAACGGAGAUGUUGUCAUUAUCGAUCCUUAUUCGCUGGAAGUGUUUAUUCCCCUGAUGCCCUCACAGCCGAUGAAUUCAAGCAAUUUUCUGGUUCCAUCUGGUGAUGACGAGCUUUUCCUUGUUGAGAAUACUAUCCCAACUUCUUCUUCUGAUGAAGUAGAUAUUAAUGGCUUCAUAUGUAGAGUGAGUAAGCUAGAUGAGGAGGCUGGUAAAUGGGUCGUGGUCAGCGAUUUGGGAGACCGUGUUUUGUUUAUUGGACACUUUGGAAAUGUCUGCUGCUCGGCUAAGGAGCUUCCUGAUGGUUAUGGUGUGAGUGGGAACUCAAUCUUGUUUACCAAUGAGGGUGGCUGUGUUAUGUACGCCUACAAAUACGGAUUACAUACAGGAAGGGCAGAAGAUGACCUCUGUUGUUGGAGAUUGUCAAGUGAGAAUCGUGUGGCCAUCAUCAACAGAUCUCCGGCUCUUUCUCUCUGGAAACUUUUCUUCCGCUUAACAUUGAUGGAGGAAGAGAAUUUGGUGUGUUGGUCCUCUGCUUUAAAAUGUUUUGGUUGUAAACAGUCACUAGAUUAUCCGAUUCCAUCUGGCAAAUGAUGAAUUUUUCAUGGUUGAGG